AUGAUUUCCAGACUACAGGCUGCUACUGUUGAACCAAUGUCUUUGUCCGAUCGUCGCAAAGCCGAGCUGUGCAGUCUCAUUGACGAGUACACCGGUGGUGAGGAGAGGAAGAUCCCUGGUUUGGUCUACAUUGGCUUUCGAGGAGCGGGCGACCCAAUCAUCGAGCACUAUUCGGGCACGACCGGAAUAUCGUCCGCAAAGCCGAUGUCUCAAGAAACAAUUUUUUGGGUAGCCUCAUUUACGAAGAUAGCAACGUCCAUAGCCUGUAUGCAGUUAGUUGAAAAGGGUUUCCUGGACCUGGACAGCACAGAGCAACUUGAAGCUAUUUGUCCGGAGCUCCAGGCCAUCAAAGUCCUCAAUACGCGGCAAGAUGGCACAUUUGAGCUUGUGGAGAAAGCAAGAAAAAUAUCCUUGCGAAUGCUGUUAAAUCAUACCGGUAAGUCAAACACCAAUGCCACCAAUGCCACCAAGAAAUCACCUGCUCAUGGCCAUUUAGCUGGGUUUGGGUACGCAUUUGAGGAUGCAAGACUGGCUCAGUAUGGUCGCCCCAUCGGCUUCGAUGACUUUGGCGGAUCUCGAGAGGACCUUUUCAGCCGACCAUUGGUCAAUCAGCCCGGUGAAGUUUUCCAGUAUGGAACUUCGAUGGACUGGGUUGGAAUAGUAAUUGAAAGGAUAACAGGACUUGACCUGGAGAACUACUUCCAAAAAAAUAUUUUUGAACCGCUCGGUAUGAACAGCGUCUCAUUCUUCCCAUCAGAAAGCGCCAAAGCGAACCUGGCGUAUAUGCAUCAGCGUUUGCGUGAUGGCUCGCUAGUCACGACAGAUCAUUUAUAUCGCCGACCGCUAUUAGCAGAUGGAGGACAGAUGGAGAACAGCCGAUGUUUUGCUGCUGGAGGCCAUGGAUGUUUUGGCAAGCCAGCCGAAUUUCGAAAACUGACCAAACCACAAGAGUUGAUCGCGGUCUUUUUAAAUGAUGGCGUAGAUGCGAGCACAGGCUACCGCAUUCUGCAGUCACAGACUGUGGAUGAGAUGUUCAGGGAUCAGAUUCCAGACAAACCCAGGUUCAGCAAUCAACCAGUGCCGGUCGUAAAACCGUGGCUGGCAAAUCCGACACCACUUUCGCCAAUGCCAAAGGAUCAUACUGAGGGCUGGGGGCUGUCGUUCUCUAUUAGCCAUUUUGCAGAACCAACUGGUCGAGCUGAGGGAUCGGCCUCGUGGGAAGGUCUGGCCAAUCUCUAUUGGUUUGCGGAUAGGAAAAACAACAUUGGGGGGAUCAUUGCGUCACAAAUCCUCCCAUUCGGUGACCGACUGGUUCUCGAGUGUGCGCAGAGGGUUGAGAAGGAGAUUUAUAGCACUUUAUUAUAG